GAAUGUUGCCGUGUUUACAUUGGAUGCACGCGGGUCAGCGGGGUGCCGAGCGGCGAGGACGGGAACACGUGUACGCGCACGCGCACAGCCUGACAAGACUCACGCAGCAGCACUAUCUCUCUCCCCCUCUCUUCCUCUCUCUCUCACGUCCAAAAAAAAACCCCCCGAAAAAAACAACCACAUAACUUUUUAGCGUUCCGGUAACGGUGACGUCACCAGGCGAGGAGAGAGCCCACUGUUUGAAAGGGAAAGUGCAAGGACAGACGAGACGAGCGCCAUCACAGCAGGAACAGCUUAGCAACAAGAGUCCUCACUUCCUGACAGGUGCGGAAGGAUUCAAGCCCUUAACACCAUGGAUAUGGACACUCAACCUCAAGGACAGCAAGCAGCCGUGCCAGUGUUUCAGCCCCAGAAACCUUUACAGCCAGACAUGGGCCACAAUUCACUUGCUAACUUCCAGAUCGAGAAGAAAAUAGGUCGGGGACAAUUCAGCGAGGUUUACCGGGCCAGGUAUCUUCUAGACAACACAUCUGUGGCCCUGAAGAAAGUCCAGAUAUUUGACUUGAUGGAUGCCAAAGCUCGGCAAGAUUGCAUCAAAGAGAUAGACCUCCUUAAGCAACUGAACCAUCCAAAUGUGAUAAAGUAUCAUGCGUCUUUUAUUGAGGACAAUGAGCUAAACAUAGUACUGGAGCUAGCUGAUGCCGGAGACCUCUCACGUAUGAUCAAGCACUUUAAGAAGCAGAGGAGGCUUAUUCCUGAAAGAACAGUGUGGAAGUACUUUGUCCAGCUUUGCAGUGCGCUCGAGCACAUGCACUCCCGAAGAGUCAUGCACAGAGAUAUCAAGCCAGCCAACGUAUUCAUCACAGCUACAGGAGUAGUGAAGUUAGGAGAUCUUGGACUUGGACGCUUCUUCAGCUCCAAAACCACCGCAGCUCACUCUCUUGUGGGUACUCCAUACUACAUGUCACCGGAAAGGAUACAUGAAAACGGAUACAACUUCAAGUCGGACAUCUGGUCGCUAGGAUGCCUGCUCUACGAGAUGGCAGCCCUACAGAGUCCAUUUUAUGGGGAUAAGAUGAACCUAUACUCCCUUUGUAAGAAGAUAGAACAGUGCGACUAUCCUCCUCUUCCCUCAGAUCACUACUCAGAGGAACUGAGGAACUUGGUAGAUAUGUGCAUCAACCCCGACCCAGAGAAGAGGCCGGACAUCACCUACGUGUACGACAUCGCCAAACACAUGCAGAACCAGACGCAGGGCAGCUAAGCCUGGAACUGCACAAACUAUAGCUUGUACAACUCAUCCCUCCUCAAUUUCCAUGCUGGACGUGUACACAUCUAUUCGCUUUUAUGCAAUUACUUAGUCCAGAGCUCAUUGAAAUAAGCGGGACAGCAUUUCUAACAUGGUUUUUUUGGAGGUCUAAACGUGAGUGGCAGCCUAAAUCCUUUCGGCUCGAGGUAAAUAUUGCGCUCAAAUGAUAUCCCUGUCCCCCAGAACUCUUCAAUUUUUUAUUUUUCUAACCGCGCGCACACAUGAAAUGGCAUGACAUUUAGUAUACUUUUUGUAUUUUUUCAUGUCACGUCCCUAAAUGUUUACAUGUAAUUCUGUCAAGCAGGUAACAUAUACUCCAGUAACACAAUGGUCAUGAUGAACUCUGUGAAUAAUGAAAGUAAAUCAGAGGUUAAAAAAAGAGUGUAAAGUUUAUUUGCAUGAUGAUGGCACACCUGAGAGAGGUUAUAAAAGUGAUUUAGUUGGAAGUGUUAUGUUGCACUUUUUACCAUGGUACUAGAGGCUCGGCAGGGGGAUCAUGUCAUGAAAAGUUGGUUCAGAGGAUGCAGGACUAGAGAAGUGCCGGAAGGAGUGCCUGGGCAAAUGUCUUCACAACACAUCAAACGUGUGUCAUUUUGACACCCAUGCAUUGUUUUUGAAAAGUCAGCUUGUCUUACUUUUGACAGCCUUGAAGGAGUAGUGGAAACGAUGAUGUAUAAAGCAGUUUGCUGUUUACUAUUGUUUAAAACAAAAUAAUAAAAAAAAGAAACCCUC